AUGUCAAAACAACAAGCAAGCGCGGAAGACCAAAGCAACAAUCGGCUGGAGCACUGCAUUGAAAAUAUCAGAGAUGAAGACAAUAACCUCGAAAACGAUUGCAAUGAAUCUAACAUUUAUUUCGUGCUUUUAGCCGUUAUCUGUAUUUGUCUAAUCAUUAUCUAUCUAUCUAUCUAUCUAUCUAUCUAUCUAUCUCAGUCACACCAUAUCUAUCUAUCUAUCUAUCUAUCUAUCUAUCUAUCUAUCUAUCUAUCUAUCUAUCUCAGCCUGUUAAUAUCUAUCUAUCUAUCUAUCUAUCUAUCUAUCUAUCUAUCUCUUUCGCUCUCUCGCUCUCUUUCGCUCUUUCUCUCUCUAGAUAUAUAUAGCUUUCAGUAUCUAUCUAUCUAUCUAUCUAUCUAUCUAUCUAUCUAUCUAUCUAUCUAUCUAUCUCUUUCGCUCUCUCUCUCUUUCUCUCUCUCUUUCUAG